CUCCCAUGGUCGUUCUCCACACCUUACCCUGCGUUUCGGAGCUUUAAAUAAAUCAACCAAACGCAAACACUCCCAUGGUCGUUCUCCACACCUUACCCUGCGUUUCGGAGCUAGAUCAGUCCUUGUUUAAAGUUUAAACUACUCCAGUACUACUCUCCGCCGCUCCUCUAUUCCUCCCCUCCUCGCUCCUCCUCCAGUCCUCCACCUAGUGAGUUUCAGUCACCGGCUCGCCGCUGCCCUCUGUCUCUCUUUCUCCGCUCUUUAGUCGCCGCCGUCUAGAGUCCUUACUUCCAGUUGCGAUUCGCACCAGCCUCCAUCCUCGGAGUUCCAGACUUCCAGUGGCUCCCAUCAGCACCAGUCCACCAGCGGUCCAGCCUCCGGCGUCCAGUCAAUCCACGGCUGCGUCGCCACACCGCCUCCACACGAGCAGGCCUCCACUUCCUGUUAUUGAGUGCAAGUGCUAGAUCCGCCACUGUCUGGUAGAUAAAGAUGGCAUCUUCGAGACCAGAGCUGAAAGCACCGCCAGAAUUUUUUUACAAUGAUGAAGAAGCACGCAAAUACACUUCAUCAUCUCGUAUCGUUGAUAUUCAGGCAAAACUUUCUGAAAGAGCAUUGGAGCUUCUUGCUUUGCCUGAAGACGGAGUCCCCAGGCUACUUAUUGACAUUGGCUGUGGGUCAGGUCUAAGUGGGGAGACUAUAACUGAGUCAGGAAACCAUUGGAUUGGUUGGGAUAUAUCACAAUCAAUGCUCAAUGUUGCGUUGGAGCGUGAAGUUGAGGGCGAUUUGGUACUUGGUGACAUGGGUCAGGGCUUAGGAAUUCGACCUGGUGUUGUUGAUGGUGCAAUUGGCAUUUCAUCUAUUCAGUGGUUGUGCAAUGCGGACAAGUCCUCCCAUGAACCCCGGAUACGAUUGAAGGCUUUCUUCGGAUCAUUGUAUAGAUGUUUGGCAAGGGGAGCAAGGGCAGUGUUUCAAGUGUAUCCUGAAAAUAAUGCUCAGCGAGAGUUGAUUCUCGGUUUUGCUAUGCGAGCGGGAUUUGCAGGUGGUAUAGUUAUUGACUAUCCACAUAGUACAAAAAUGAGGAAAGAGUAUCUAGUGCUCACUUGCGGCCCACCAUCUUUGAGCAGUACCACUCCUAAAGGAAAGGGUGAAGAUGGAGAGUGUUAUUCCAGUGAUGAAGUUGGUAGCAGUGAAGAUGAAGAAAGCCAAACUGUCUGUGUAUCAGAUAGGCAUAGACCUAGGAAAAAGCAAAAAUUGAAUAAGAAAGGCAAAGGAAGAGGGUGGGUCUUGAAGAAGAAGGAACAGAUGAGGAAGAAGGGAAAUGAAGUUCCUCGAGACACAAAAUACACAGCACGGAAAAGAAAGGACCGGUUUUGAUGCCCUGGUAAAAGCGCUUAAGAGGAGUAGGCCUCUAAUUUUUGUUCCAUGCCAUCACUUUUUUUUAAAAAAAAUCUUCUUUCUCUUCUUUCUAUGCAGAGUUUCAAGAGUAUGUUUAUACUUCUAUAUUGCUAAACAUGAGUUUAUGGUGGAAAUAGGACAUGAGUUUAUGGUUUGAAUCACCUGGUUUCCCCGUUUUUAUAUAGGAAAAUGCUGU